AUGAGGAGGAUCGCAUUUUUAUUAUUAGGUCUUGCCGCCUUGGCUGCGGCUCGACCUGAGAUGGACGACCAGAUUUUUGUUAACAUGGACAUUAAGCAAAGACAAUUUUUCAUCUUGAAAUUGCUAAACCAUGUAACUGAACCGGUCAUGUACAAGGAAAUUGAAGAAAUUGGCAAGAACUUUAAGAUCGAAGAAAACGUCAACUUAUUUACCAGAACCGAUGUCGUUAAAACAUUUGUCAACAAUUUUAAAAUCGGAAUGUUGCCCCGAGGUGAAAUAUUUACCAUCCACGUGGACAGACAACUAAAGGAAGUGGUAUCCAUGUUCCACUUGCUUUACUACGCAAAAGACUUCACCACCUUUAUCAAGACUGCUUGUUGGAUGCGUCUGUACUUGAAUGAAGGAAUGUUCGUUUAUGCUCUAACAGUAGCCGUCAGGCACCGUGAAGAUUGCAAAGGCAUUAUUCUGCCUCCUCCCUAUGAAAUCUAUCCUUACUACUUUGUUCGUGCUGAUGUCAUCCAAAAAGCUUAUAUGCUUAAAAUGAAGAAAGGGUUACUCGACCCUAAACUCUGCGAUUUUUACGGAAUUAAAAAGACUGAAAAAGGUGUAUACAUUAUUGAUGAGAACAUUUAUGAUCGCCGUGUUUACCUUAACGAUGAAGACAGGCUCAGAUACUUUACUGAAGAUAUAGAUCUUAACACUUAUUACUACUACUUCCAUGUUGACUAUCCGUUCUGGAUGAAAGAUGACAUGUUCGAUAAACUAAAAGUAAGUAGGAGGUGGGAACUGAACCUCUACAUCUAUCAGCAAAUCCUUGCCAGAUACUACUUGGAAAGACUUUCAAACGGUUUGGGUGAUAUUACUACCUUGACUUGGAACAAACCAAUCAGGAAAGGAUACUGGCCUUGGAUGCUCUAUCAAAAUGGUGUUCAAUUCCCUAUGAGACCAAACAACUACGUUCUCGUUGGAGAUAAUGAUAUAAACAUUGUUCGCUUGGUAGAAAAUUAUGAAAUGAUCAUAAAAGAAGCUAUUAUCAAGGGCUAUAUUGAAGUCAAUGGAAUCAGAUUAGAAUUGAUGAAACCUGAAGAUGUAGAAAUGCUUGGCAAGAUAGUCUACGGAAAAAUUGACAAAAAUGACGUAGACAAGUUCCGUUUUGAUGCCUACCGCUAUCUACUGAUUAUAAUGAAAUCAGUAAUUGGACUUAACACAGUGAUUAACGAUAAAUACUUCGUUACCCCAACGGUGCUCGAUAUGUACCAAACUGCUCUUCGUGAUCCUAUUUUCUAUCAACUCCAGAAACGUCUUUGUAACUUACUGAUCUUGUUCAAAGCACGCCUUCCCUCCUACACAAGAGAGGAGCUGUACUUCCCUGGAGUUAAGAUCGACAACGUUGUGGUGGAUAAGCUAGUGACUUACUUCGAUGAUUAUUUAAUGGAUAUGACAAAUGCUGUAACGCUCAAUGAUGAGGAACUUAAGAAGACUACAUCAGAUAUGUUAUUCUUCGUACGUAAGCGACGUCUCAAUCAUCAACCAUUCAAAGUCACUUUGGAUAUUUUGUCUGACAAGACCGUAGACUGUGUAGUAAGGCUGUUCCUCGGACCUAAAGAAGAUCAGUUCGGACGCUUGAUCGAUCUCAACCUUAAUCGCGUUAACUUUGUUGAAUUAGAUUCCUUCUUAUACAAACUAAACACUGGAAAGAACACUAUUGUCAGGAACUCAAUCGACAUGCAUAACUUGGUGCGUGAUCGCGUUAUGACUCGCGAUUUGUGGAAGAAGCUUGAAUCUGUCACUGAUAUGCGAGACCUACUUAUGAAGGACUUAAGAAACUACCAUACCGGUUUCCCUACUAGACUUCUGCUUCCUAAAGGUCGCGUCGGUGGUAUGAACUUCUUGCUUUACGUCAUUGUGACGCCAUUGAAGCUAGUAGAUAACAUUGACAUCAGCAUUCUUGAUACUAACCGCAAGGACUUAGUAGUCGAUUUCAGGUCUACUGUUCUUCUCGACAAGAUGCCAUUAGGUUAUCCAUUUGAUCGUGAAAUCGAUAUUACUAAAUUCUUUACUCCCAACAUGAAAUUCGUCGAUGUAAUGAUCUUUCACAAGAAAGAAGUUUGUGACAUGAAGAGUUGGUGGGAUCGUUGGGUGAUGAAGGAUUACAACAUGGCUGACCAAACAUUUAUUGGUACCGACAACUACUUCGUUGGUGUCGACAUAAACACCAAUGUUGACAGAGACUCAAACGUUUUCGACCUGUAA